AUGCACCAGAGCAAUUAUAGUACUCUAUAUGGUUUCAUUCUGCUUGGCUUCUCUGACCAUCCCAACCUGGAGCUGAUUCUGUCUGGAGUUGUUACCAUCUUCUACUUCGUCACACUAGUGGGCAACUCAGCCAUCAUUCUUGCCUGUAAAAAGGAUUCCUGCCUCCACACACCAAUGUACUUUUUCCUCAGGAAUCUAUCUUUCCUAGACCUGUGUUUCACAACCAGCAUUGUCCCUCAGAUGCUAGUGAACCUGUGGGGACCUGAGAAGACCAUCAGCUAUGCAGGCUGCGUGAUUCAGCUCUAUGUGUACAUGUGGCUGGGCUCUGUUGAGUGUCUUCUCCUGGGUGUCAUGUCCUAUGACCGCUUCACAGCUGUCUGCAAGCCCUUGCAUUAUUUGGUAAUCAUGAGCCCACAUCUGUGUCUCAGAAUGAUUGUGGCAGUCUGGAGUAUUAGUUUGGUCAAUUCUCUUAUAUUGUGCACACUCACCCUGAACUUGCCUAGAUGUGGAAACAAACUUCUGGAUCAUUUCCUGUGUGAAUUGCCCGCUAUGGUCAAGAUAGCUUGUGUAGACACCACAACAGUUGAAAUGUCUGUUUUUGCCUUGGGUAUAGUCAUUGUCCUCACACCCUUGACCCUUAUUCUUAUUUCCUAUGGAUUCAUUGGCAAAGCUGUGGUGGGAAUGAAGUCAAAAGCAGGACAAAGAAAAGCAAUGAAUACCUGUGGAUCUCAUCUCAGUGUAGUGACCAUAUUCUACGGCACUAUUAUCUACAUGUACCUGCAGCCAGGUAGCAGUGCCUCCAAAGACCAGGGAAAGUUUGUCACACUCUUUUAUACCAUCAUCACUCCAAGUCUCAAUCCUCUCAUUUACACCCUGAGGAACAAAGACAUGAAGAAUGCACUGAAGAAGCUGGUGGGCUUUUCACUGUGA